UAUGAGAAACAACGACGCUCUCUUACUCGCUCCUAAAACCCUGAAACUUCCUAAAACCCCCUAAACUUAGCAAUCAAUCAGAAAUGGCCACUCAGAAAAUUCUGACUCCAGAAACCCUCCGCUCUGCCGCCAAACAAUCUGAAGGAUGCCUCGUCGUUCCGGUAACUCUCCGUCGGGCAAUAAAAAAAUACCUCAGAGAGCAACAAGAGCCACACAUGAAGAGAAAGGUGUUAAGAUUAUCAGAAUCAUUUAGUACAAUAAAGGACGUUAAUCUGAUGUUAACGGAGACAACAUCAAGAGAGCUCGUUGAUGAUCCGUUGAAGUUCACGGAGGAGCGAUCUAAACGGUGGAAAGUUAAAAGUAGUUACGGUGAUAUUGGCUUUAAAUACACUGAUGAUGAGACUGUUGCUUACGUUGCCUCACGAAUGCCUGCUGUUUUCUCUGCUUGCUACAGAGUUCUUACUGAAGUCAGAAGGAGAUUGCCUGAUUUUUCUCCAACUAAAGUAUUGGAUUUUGGUGCUGGAACUGGAUCAGCUUUCUGGGCGACGAGACAAGUGUGGCCUAAGUCAGUGAAGAAUGUUAACUUAGUGGAGCCAUCCCACUCGAUGCAGCGGGCAGGUAGAAGCCUUAUACAAGGUCUGAAGGGCUUGCCACUUAUUCAUGGCUAUGAUAGCAUUCAAGCUUUAAGUAAGAAUGUCAGCAAGUCUGAGAAGAAGCAUGACCUUGUAAUUGCUUCCUAUGUGCUUGGGGAGAUACCAUCUCUGAAGGAUCGGAUUACUACAGUUCGCCAGCUUUGGAAUCUCACAGAGGAUGUUUUGGUUUUAGUUGAACCAGGAACACCACAUGGAUCAAAUAUUAUUUCUCAGAUGCGAUCUCACAUAUUAUGGAUGGAGGAAAGAAAACACCGCAAGUCUAAAGUCCAGAAGGGUGAAGCUUGUAAAGAUUUGGUAUCUGUCAAAAGCAGCGCAUUUAUAGUUGCUCCUUGUGCACAUGAUGGGCGUUGUCCAUUGCAGAAAUCUGGAAAAUAUUGUCAUUUUGCUCAACGCUUGCAGAGGACAUCAUCACAACUUGCAUAUAAGCGACCCAAGGGCAAGGCUCUACGUGGUUUUGAAGAUGAGAAAUUUUCCUUUGUGGUGUUCAGACGAGGACAACGACCUCGGUCAUCCUGGCCUCUAGAUGGAAUAACAUUUGAGACUCUAAAGCAGCAGCGUGCUGACAGAAAACCUGAAGAUCUUGAAAUUGAUUACGAAGAAGACCUAGUUGAGCAAAAUGAAGCCGGUAUUAUCCCAUACGAGGAAGUGGAUGCACGUCACUAUGAUUCUGAUGCCAUUGAGACGGACAUUGAUGAUGAUAAUGAUGAAGAGGAUGAAGAAGAGCAAGAAGAAAGAGCUCAUGCUGAUCUCGGGGGAGGUUGGGGAAGGAUAAUUUUCUCACCUGUUCGGAGAGGCAAGCAAAUCACAAUGGAUGUGUGUCGACCAGUAAAUCAGAACAGCUCAGAGGGCUUAUUCGAACGUGUAGUUGUUACUCGGAGCAACAAUCCUGCAUUGCAUUAUCAGGCCAAGAGAUCUAUGUGGGGCGACUUGUGGCCAUUUGAAGCAAAAUAAGGUGUACAUUUCCUUUGUAAGCUCUAAUGUAAAUUAAGUUGAAAUUGUAGUAAUUUGAAAUGCCAAUUGUAUUCUUUCA